AUGGAAAAGAGCAGCGAAACCAACGGCUACCUUGACAGCGCCCAGGCCGGCCCCGGUGCGCCCAAGGAGGCGACGGGAUGCGCACGGCGCUGCACGGACUUUCUGCGGCGCAACGCGCUGGUGCUGUUCACGGUGUCCGGGGUGCUGGCGGGCGCGGGCCUGGGCGCGGCGCUGCGCGGCUUUGGGCUCAGCCGCACGCAGGUCUCCUAUCUGGCCUUCCCCGGUGAGAUGCUGCUCCGCAUGCUACGCAUGAUCAUCCUGCCGCUGGUGGUCUGCAGCCUGGUGUCGGGUGCCGCCUCCCUGGACGCCAGCUCCCUGGGGCGCCUGGGCGGCAUCGCCGUCGCCUACUUCGGACUCACCACGCUGGGCGCCUCGGCGCUCGCUGUCGCUUUGGCGUUCAUCAUCAAGCCGGGGUCUGGCGCGCAGACUCUUCAGUCCAGCGACCUGGGGCUGGAUGAGUCGGGACCUCCUCCUGUCCCCAAAGAGACUGUGGACUCUUUUCUUGACCUGGCCAGAAACCUGUUUCCUUCUAAUCUAGUGGUCGCUGCUUUCCGAACGUAUGCAACUGAUUAUAAAAUCAAAAGCUACAACACGAGCUCUGGAAAUGUCAGCCUUGAAAAGGUCCCCGUUGGCACUGAGAUCGAAGGGAUGAACAUUCUGGGCUUGGUCCUCUUUGCCCUGGUGUUAGGCGUGGCCCUGAAGAAACUCGGCUCUGAAGGAGAAGAGCUGAUCCGCUUCUUCAACGCCUUCAACGAGGCCACCAUGGUGCUUGUGUCCUGGAUUAUGUGGUACGUGCCUGUUGGCAUCAUGUUCCUCGUGGGAAGCAAGAUUGUAGAGAUGAAGGACAUCGUCGUACUGGUGACUAGCCUGGGCAAAUACAUCUUUGCGUCUAUACUGGGCCAUGUCAUCCAUGGAGGAAUUGUCCUGCCACUUGUUUAUUUUGUCUUCACACGAAAAAACCCGUACAGUUUUCUGCUGGGCCUCCUCACACCGUUCGCAACGGCGUUUGCCACCUGCUCCAGCUCAGCCACCCUUCCUUCGAUGAUCAAAUGCAUCGAAGAAAACAAUGGUGUGGAUAAGAGGAUCAGCAGAUUCAUCCUCCCCAUUGGGGCCACUGUGAACAUGGACGGGGCUGCCAUCUUCCAGUGCGUCGCUGCCGUCUUCAUUGCCCAGCUCAACAACGUCACCCUGAACGCGGGACAGAUCUUCACCAUCCUAGUGACCGCCACGGCGUCCAGCGUAGGAGCAGCGGGCGUGCCGGCCGGAGGUGUCCUGACCAUCGCCAUAAUCCUGGAGGCCAUUGGCCUGCCCACUCAUGACCUGUCUCUGAUCCUGGCUGUGGACUGGAUCGUGGACCGCACAACCACCGUGGUGAACGUGGAGGGGGACGCCCUGGGUGCGGGCAUUCUCCAUCACCUGAAUCAGAAGGCCACGAUGAAGGGAGAGCAGGAGCUGAGCGAGGUGAAGGUGGAAGCCCUCCCCAACAACAAGUCUGAGGAAGAGACCUCCCCGCUGGUGACACACCUGAACCCUGCCGGCCCUCCGUCCGGCGCCGCAGAACUGGAGUCCAAGGAGUCGGUCCUGUGAGGGAGCUGGGUGUGGGGCUUGCAGGGGCUCCUCACCCUGUUAGCCCACCUGC